UCAGGGACCUUCUUACACGGCCCUUCAAGACACCGAUUGGGAAGACCUAUACGAACUUGGUGAACACAACAACGAAGAUCUAUUUCACCAUCAGGACAAUUGGACUCCUGAACUUCGUUCCCUAUUCGGUGAUCCUCCCUAUAUCGAAUUCCCCUCUCUUCACUACCAAACCGCCGACGUUAUCGAGUAUCUCCCCACCAUGUCGGGAAUCGAGAAACUCAACAACUCCAUUCUGAGUGUCUUCGAUGGCACCAAUUGGAAUAC